AUGGUGCUGCGCGAGCUGUCGGAGUCGGAAUGGCAGCACUCGUUCGUGCCCGUCUUGGCGCUUGCGGGGUCCGCGAACAGGCUCGGUAGCGCCCCUGGGGGAGGAGGCGACCGCGCGAGAGAGCACGCCGUGGGAGACGUGAAGCACAUCAUGGAUAAGACGAUCGGCAGGAGGUGUUGCCGGAUCUCUGGCGCGGUCAGCGCCGCCAACUACCUCGAGGUCCCGCGGGAGGCGAGGAUUGCCCCUCUCAACCUCACCGGCCGGUUCGUUUACAUUCAGGUGCGGCCAAUCGGCGACAAGGUGAUGACCUUCCACCUCGACGUGCUUGACGCCGGGGGCAGGCCGGAGCGCGUGACCUUCAGCACCCUGUACUCAAACCGCCCCUCGACGCCCACCCGUAGAGGCGGCGGCGGCGGCGGCGGGUCUUCCAAGCGACCUGCUUCUGCCGGGGACGCCGGAGGCGGCCGAGUCUCGACGACGACGACCCUCAGCAGGAACACCAAGCACGGCAACGGCGCUGCCUCCACGGCGGUAGCGUCAACGGCGACGGCGUUGGAGGCCUGGAAGAGCGGGGGGGUCGGCGGGGGCGGGGCCGGGUGGGCCACGACGACGAUAGGGGAGGCCGCUACGGCCGACGCGGCCGCCGGCACGGCGCUGGUGAAGCGGGGCGGGGCCCUGAGGUACCCGGUGUCGUUCGAUACGUCGCGCUCCCGGGGGUGGACGGUGGUGGGCAUCGACAUGGUGGCCCUCAUGCUCGAGGGGGGCGGGAGGGCCGGGGCGGCCGGGGGGAGGGAGUACGGGGUGCUGAGAGGGGUGAAGCUGGGGUCGAACAUGGUCGUGAGGGGCGUCUACGCGUCGGACUGCGUGUACUCGCCGCACACGCUGCCCAAGGAGAUGGCUUUUCGGAUCCCGGGGGGAGGGAAGGACUGGGAGACGGCGUACAACUGGCUGUGGCUCCCGGAGGUUCCCGACGAAAACGCUGCCCCGCCGGCCGACGGCACGCGUCCGACGACCCGCCUGGCGUGGCCCCCAGGGGCGGACUCCCCGACGCCCUCCGUGGCCGCCGCCAACGCCGCCGACGCCCGGGGUCGCCGGCGGAUGGAGAAGCGCCACUUCUUCGCCGAGCCGGGGACGGUGGGUAGGCUCCUGGCGCAUGAGGAUAACGACGGCGUCGGCGGCGGUGCCGAGGAGGAGGGUGCGGUGAAGACGAAGGGAAGGGCUUCGACCCCUGGCGGCCGCGGACGAAGCGGCGCGCCCGGGAUCAGAGGGCGGCCGACCGGCAAGGGUAGGAGGGAGUCCAGCGGCGUCUCCGUCGGAGAGGGUUUCCCUCGUACCCCACGAAGGGCAGGUGGUGCCGUCGCGGUCGGGAUCGCCGCCUUGUCUCCGGCCGCGUUGGGGAGGGGGGGCGGGCGCAGGGGCCAGAGCACCCCCCCGCGGCCGGUGCUGCUUGCGUCUCCGAGGACCCCGUAUUCCCGCAGUCGUUGCGUGUCGCCGUUUUCUCGGUUCCCGUUGGCGAGCCCGGCGCAGAUGCGCCCGGCGUCUGCCGCCGCCGGCGGCAGCGGCGGAAUCCGGGGUGCUGCUGCCUCUAGCCCUAGGGCGAGGCCGACGAGCGGUGUGUGGAGAGCUCGAGAGCGAUCGUUGAUGGCGGCGCCGUCGCCUACGGCGGCGGUGGCCAGGCGACAAGGGAAACCCCCCGUGUCCCCCACGAGACGGAGAGUUACUGCUGGAGGGGGAGGAGGUCGAGGGCGGACCUUUUUCUUGGAGGACGAUGAGGAAGACGACCACGAUGAUGGUGGUUUCGAUGUUGGUGUUGAUGUUGAUGCUUGUGGCGGCGGUGAUGUGGGUGGUGGCGGCGGUGGUGGCGGCGGUGGUGGUAAAGGUGGGGCCAAGAAGGGCAGCGCUUGGGAUUGGACCAACGAGGAGCUCGAGGCGUGGCCCGGCGGAGAAACCGCGCCCGCCACCCCCGUGGUUGCCGUGCUGAACAACGGCGGCGAGAGGCUCACCGACGGCGACGAGGAGGAGGAGGAAGGGCGCGGGGCUGUCAGGCGUGCGGGAGCGUCACCAUCCGGGGUUGUCGGGAUGGAUCCACCCGUUUUAUCUCGCGUGCUUCCUCCUGGCCUAGAGGCGUCUCGCCCAGAUCCGCCAGAGUUCGAUCCGGACCCGGCCCUCCGCCUGGAGCGGGCGCUGUGCUACACCGGGGGGGACCUCCCGGGCAGCACCACCGUCACGUUCGUCGGAAGAGGGGCAGAGUUCAUGGCGUUCCCCUGCAACAACGUGAUCGUGCUGAUGGAGACGCCGGUGAUGCCGGAGGCGGUUUUUUCGAGGGAUGGGCCUGCCGGGAUGGAUGGGGGCGUUGGCGCGGAGAAGGAAGGGGAGGAGGAGGAUGAGGAGGAGAGAGAUGGGCUGUUGGCGCUGCCGCAGCCGGCCCCGGCUCCGCACAUUUUCCUGAGGGGCCACACCGACACCGUUACGCGCCUGCAGCUGAGCCAUGCCGGGCACCUGCUGGCGUCCGCACAGGGUGAUCCACUUGGCGCUGCUGGCGGUCACGGCAUCAUUCGCCUCUGGAACGCGACGUCCCUAGGCCGCCGCUCGCCGGCAGACUGCGGCAGCGCUAGGGCCGCCGGUGGCCGAAGGACGCCUCUUCGCGAAGGCGGUGGUGGCAAGUGCGCCGCGCAUUUCAUUGCUCACCGGUGGGGGGUGUCGUCGAUGUGCUUCAGCUCGGACGAUCGGCUGCUUUGCACCGUCGGCGGCGACGACCACCGGAGGACUCAGGUGAUCGUGUGGGACGUGGCUCUCCUGUGCACGGCGAGAGCGGGGACGAUCCACGGCGCCGGGUCUGGGCUGGCGGUGGUGGCGCGCCAGAUCAGCGACUUCCCCAUCACCAAGAUGCUCUUCAGCCCUUUCGAGAAGCUGCGCCUGGUGUCGUGCGGCAGAGAGAACGUCCGCUUCUGGCGGGUCCGGCGACGACACCUACCCGCCUGCCCGGCCGUGCUGAACGACUUCGCGCGGGACCUGGCGUGCACGGACCUGGCCUUCCAGAGCUCCUGCAGCGGGAUUGCGGGGGUGGAGGAUCACGCGAACUGGGCGGAGGGUCCCCGCGUUGUGUACGUCUCUUCCCGAGCUGGGACAGUCCUUCAGGUGAGCUACCACACACGCAACCUCCUGUGCGUCUUGCAGCUCCACAACGGGCCCAUCCUGUCGUUGGAGGUGAACGAGGACCACGCUAUCACCGGAUCCGAAGACAAGGUCCUGCGCAUGUGGCCCCUGGACUUUUCCGACUUCUUGAUGGAGGCGGCGCAUGAGUCGCCGGUGGUGUCGGUGUGCACCAGCAAGGACGGGCUCAAGCUGGCCGUCGGCACGGCCGGCGGCUCGAUCAGCGUGCUGGACGUGAUGACCCACGGCUACACCACGGCACUAAGGUCGCACCGGGGCGGGGUGACGGCCGCCGCGAUCGACCCCUCGGAGGAGCGGGAUGACUUCGCCACGGUCUCGGAAGACUGCACCAUAAGGGUCUGGGACCUGGUUUCGGGGGUGCAGCGUUACCAGUUCUCCUCUCCCACCGACCGGCCCACCUGUGUCGCCUACGCCCCGAAGCCGCCUCCACCGCAACCGGAGGGUUGCGGUGGCGGUGGCGGUGGCGGGGGUGCGCCGGAGGAGGAGGGCGGUGUCGAGCACGCCGCUGCGGCCGGGGCCGGGGCGGGGGGGGACGAGCGGUGGCACCUCGUGGCCGGCUACGCGAGCGGGACGGUGAGGGUAUUUGACGUGCCGUCCACGAGCACGCUGCUGGAACUCGAGCAGCAUCGGAACGCGGUUCAGCAGGUGACGUUCACCCCCGACGGCACUCGACUUAUCUCCGCCGGGGAGGACGGUCUGCUGUGCCUCUUCGACGUGACACAGGGCUACCGCCCGUCGAGGGUGAUGGCUUGCGACGAGCCGCAGCCCGGGCGACCGAUAAACCUCUCCGUUUCUCCCGGGAGCGAUCGCCUCGCUGUCAUCGGCACCGAGCCUUCGUGCAUCCUGCUCUACGACUUGGCGACCCUGGCGCUCAAGGGACGACUGGGGAAGCCUGGUCGAAGAGGAGGGGGGCGUUUGGUGUCGGGGGUCGGCGGCGGCGGCGGCGGCGGGGGGCCAGGCAUGCUGCAGCCGUGGUCGCACCGGCCGGGUUCGUCUGACGCGGCGCAAUCGCCGGGGGGCGCGGCGGCGGCGGCCGCGGCGAGCGGGGGUUUUCUCCACGCGGCGUUCUCCGGGGACGGGGCGGAUCUGCUUGCCUGCACGACGACGAAGCUCUUCCGGUUCCCCUUGGGUGGCGGGGACGUACACGCCUGGUCGGCCCUACUCCCUUGCAAGGCCGGGCCCGCGAUGGCGGCCUGCAACCCGGCAACCGGCCCCGGCCUAAUCUUGGUCUCGCCGGCGGAACCUGUGGCUGGCGCCGGGGAACCGGCGACGGCAAGCACGGCGUCCGCUUGGGGCGGCGAGGCGGGCUGCUGGACGGGCGGCGGUGGCGGCAAGCGGGGCUCUGCGCCGAGAACCUUGGGGGGGGGAGGCUCCGCGCUGGCCCCUUCCGAGCUGUUCCUGUCCCAGGUCCACCGCGACGAGCGUAACGCCUCCGUGGUGAUCUCGGCUCCGCAGGCCUUCGCCGCGCACGCGUCGCCGGUCACCGUGGCCGCUUUCUCCGCCGGCGGCGACCGCCUCGUCACCUGCGACGGCACCGGCGUCGUGCUCCUGUGGUCGAACCUGGCGGCGCCGGCGCCGGAAGCGUGGGAGGCGCCGCCGCUGCCGCUGCCGCGGCGAUCCGGUGGGGAGGCUUGUGGUCUGGCCGGGAGGAGCGGCGGCGGCGGGCUGUUCGGUGGCGACGGCGUCGAGGCGGAGGAAGUCAAGGCGGGGGCGGCGGCAGGUGCUCCUGUGAUUGUGGAUGAUGUAGGGCACGGGGAAGGAGGUCUGGCGUUACGUGUAAGAGUCCCCGCCGAAGGUGACGUGGGGCAAGAGGAGGAGGAGGGUUUUGCGAAGACAGCGCCAAUGCCAGUAGCAGCGGGGUCUUCGGCCGACUUGGUGACGCCGAUGGGGCCAGGGCCGAGAGCAGCGGGAACAGGCGGACCAGGCGGGUACGCCUCCAUGCUAGACCAAACCCCGUCUCCGACGGCGGUGCAGAACCCGAGUCGCAGCAGCAAUGCCACGGCGGUAGCGCCGGCGGCAGAAGGCAGAGGAAGCGAACGCGCGGGUUCCGGCCCGCUGGCGGAGGCAAUCCAGGCGCUACAGACGGUCGUCGACGACGCUGCCGCCGCGGUGGGGGAGGGGGACGACGGCGGCGGAAUGAUCGGCGGCGCCGUGCGGCCGCCCCGAGCGGUGGUCGAGAUAAAACGGCAUCGCUUCGGAGGAGCGGCGGCGGAGGUUGCUGCCAGCGUCGUCGAAGACUGUGAUAGCGGUCGUCACUCCGAUAGCGGCGGAAUCGAGGCAUGGGAGGACUCGGCCAACGACGAUGAAAUGGUCGCUUCGAGGGGAGCGGGAGGCAGGAGAGCGGCGCCGGCGGCGGAAAUUCGUCCAAUUUCUGGCCGGGCUUCUCCAGCUGCGGAGCGAUCAGGGACGGCGAUGUCGCCGUUAACGUGGCACCCGGCGUCCGCCCGGCUGUUCUACGCGGAGGGCUCCUCGUUGUACGCGGAGGACUUGGAGUCGUGCCGUCGGUGGGCCUUGCUGUCGAGGGAAGGCGGGGGUGUCGCCCCCGCGUCCUGCGUCGCCGUUUCUUCGGACGGGCAUCUGGUCGCGCGCGGGGUGUCUUCGCAACGCCCGGGGGGUAUCAGCAGCGGCAGCAGCGGAGUGUCGUCGUCCUGGCUGUCGGUGUGGCGCUUGGGGCCCGACUCCUCGAUGCCACAAAAGCCGCGUGACGGCGACAGCGGCGACGCGAAUCGGAGCAAGGCUACCUCGCGCUCCGCCACCGCCACCGCCGUCGAUGCGUGCGAGGAGGUGGGCGUCGUCGGGAGCAGCGGGGGAGGCGGCGUGUCGGCGCUGGCGUUCUCGCCCUGCGGUGCGGACCUGUGCUCCUUGGGCGAGUGGGACGGGACCAAGUGCCUGCUCGAGACGUCGGCCAUCUGCGCGCUGCCACCACGGAAGGCCGCGGCGGCGGCAGGAGAACCCGAGCCCUUCCUGUUUGCGACGGGGGGCGAGGAGGGGGUGGGCCUGUGGCGCCGCGUGUUCGACCAAGCGGCGGCGGCGGCCGGGGGAACGGCGUUGCGCGGAAGAGGCGGUGAUGACGGGGAUGGAGGGGGGGUGAAGCUCCUGGGUACGUCUGCCGGGCGGGGUAGGGUGACCGCGCUGGCGAGCGCGGGGCGCUUCGUCGUAGCUGCGGACGUUUCUUCUUCUUCUCCUCCGUCGUCAUCGUCGUCGUCUGGAGGGGGCGGCGGUGGCGGCGGUGGCGGCGCCGCGGCAGCGCCAUUCGUUUCCGCGAUCGAUGUCAACUGGCUCGCUGCUGGCGGGCAAGAAGCGGGCAUGCAGGGGCUUGUCGGUGACGAGGAGGUCACUUGGCGGGUGUUCAGAGGCGGCGGCGGCAGCGGCGGCAGUGGCGGCAACGGUGGCGAUAGCCGAGAUGUCGCAAUUACCUGCCUCGCUUCGGCCGGGCCGUGCAGAGUGGCGGUCGCAGGCAGCGGCGGAAAGCUGGAGAUCUGGGAUGUUGAGGCGGCCUGUGCUGGACAAGGUGGCGGUGGUGGUGGUGGCGAGGGCUUUGGGGCUGGCCAGCCGGGAGCGGGAGCGGGGCUUGUUCGAAGACUUGAUCUUGGCGAUGCGCUGGAGGGAGCGUCAGUGACGAGCAUGACCUGGGAUGCCGGGGGAACCGAUGCCGUCAUCGGCUGCGCCGCGGGGGAAGGCGGCGGCAUCUGGCACCUGCGUCUACCGUCGCCACCACCCGAGUCGUCGUCGUCGUCGUCGUCUCCUCCGCGCAGACGAGGGGGAGAUGGCGCGGACAGGGAGCCGACGAUCGCGAGGCUGUGGCCAGGGGGCAACGUCAAGGCCGCGGCGUGA